ACCGCGCUCGAUGCGCUCGGCGCGCAGCUCCCCCAGGCGGCAGGAACGAGCGGAGACAGAGUGCCGAGUGACCGGGAGUGACCGCUGAGCGACCACAGAGUGACCGCAGGGACCGGGCCCGCCGCGUCCCCACCCCCGGCAGCACCGCCAUGUCCACCGCCAUGAACUUCAGCAGCAAGAGCUUCACGCCGCGGCCGCCGGACAAGGGCGCGUUCCCGCUGGAUCACUUCGGGGAGUGCAGCGCCUUCAAGGAGCGGUUCAUGGAGUGUCUCCGGCAGAGCGGCUACGAGAGCGCGGCGUGCCGGCAGAGCGCCAUGGCGUACCUGGAGUGCCGCAUGGACAGGCAACUUAUGGCUAAUGAACCACUGGAAAAAUUGGGAUUUAAAGACCUGAUAAAUGAGAAAUCAGAAGAAAAAGCUAAGAAGUCAUGAUGAAGACAGACAACUUUGUCUCUCAUGAAGGGAAAGCAUAACUCUGAAUGUAGUACAUAUUGUACAUUUUGUUCAUAUUGCAAUAGGAAGUGUUUCCUGAAAGAACCUUUUCUUCCAAAGUUUAAUUGUCCUAAAAUAAGAUUUUUCUUUAAAUGAGCAAAAGUACUGCCUUUGUCUGCUUUGCCCAAGUAUUUCUUAACUUCUUUGUUUUAAUUUCUCUAGAGGCAAAACAGUUACAGCCAAAGUGUUCUCCCUGUCUCUGUAAGAACAGUGAAGUCUUGUUUUAAGGAGACAAAAACCCAAACCAAACAAUCCUUUAUUGUGUAGCUCUUGAACUACUGAUUAAUCUUCUGGGCAAUACUGAUAUGCUCACUGCAGUACUUGCCAGGUGGAAAUAAAGCUGUUGUACUUUAAAAUCGAUUUUUAUUAAAUACUGGCAUUAGUCCCCAUCCCUUGGGUGGUCUCACCCUGCUGUGGAACACUCUGGGGUCCUGUGGGGGUACUUGAGGCAGUGUUUUUUUCAGUCAUUUAAUCUUUCAUCAUUGUUGGGAGAGUGUUUCUAGUUUCAGACCCCAUUCAGGGACUGAUUCUGCUUUUAUUCACCUAAAUUUUUCAUCAUUUAACUGGGAACAGUGGUAUUUCUCCUGCAUGUUCUAAUGCAGCUGAAGUCUUUCUUAAUUAAUGUUGAGUUCAAGCAGAAAUAAUUUGGCCUCUUAGCCCCUAGAAAUGUGUUUCAAGCAGGCAAUAAAUGUGUAAAUCUUC